AUGACGAACGUCGCGCAGGAGCCCGCGCCUAGCGCCGCGUCGCUGCCUGGCUCCGCGCAGACCGCGGAGAGCGCGCCGUACGUGCCGCCGUCGCUGAAGAACGUCAACCGCAACCAGCAGCACCUCCCUGACCUACCACCGAUCAUGCCAGGCUACUACCGGGAACCCAAGUACCGGGAGUUCUUCUACAAGAGCAAGAGGCUCUACGACCUGAAGGAGGAUCACCGAGGGCCCCACCUGCAGGGCGCUGCCAUCGAGCCCGCGCAGGACAAGAUGGACCUCGCGGCGAAGACCAAGGCCAAGGCGCCGAGUCCCAAGCCCAACAUGCCGACGUACAAAAUGAAACUGAAGGAGCACGCGCGCAGGAUGGGCAAGGACCAGAUGUCGUCGUCGCUCUACGCCCCGGGACAGGGCUACGCGGCCUCGUGA